AGGUGGGAUUUUGGAGGCCUGACCUGAGUAUUUACAGUAAAAUCAACAGUAACAAUAAAAAUGAGUCAGAGACACACUAUUCCUUGAAAACUGUAUGAGUAAAUAAGAACUCUGCCUGCCGAGAAAUCCUCCCACGCUCACUGGAUCCCGACCUUCCAGACUUCGGAGUCACUGUUCAGGAUUCAAAUACCAAGAGGAAUUAAUGACUAUGUGAACCAAAAAGGCAAAUAACUCUGAUUAUCAGCCCGAUUAAACAAUGGCUUUAAUGCUCUUAUCGGGUGUUUUUGUAAUGGUUUUUCAUUUCAGGCUUAUCUUUGGGAUCUAUUACAUCCAUUCACCCGCCUCCUGAGGAAAACAGGGAAAGUUCUCUGCUGAUUCUAAACACUUGGUUUUGUUCAUAGAAAAGUGUUUUUUUUAUGUAUACGUUAUUUCUGACUUCAGUAUUUCAGUGAUGAUAUUACUGUAAGUGUUCGCAUGAAGUGUCAGAGUAGAAUUAUAGCCGGACUCUGGUAUCGCUAAGUGAAAUGACUCGACAGAAAACAGCACUUUAAAUAAGUUCAGAUUGAAAUCUCCAGAAGUUUAUCUGCAGAACAAAUACUGUAAAAAUAAAAAAAAUAUAUAAUUAUUGAGUUGUUUGGGAUUCGGCCAAAAAAAUAAAAUGUUACCAGUCAAACGACACCAUUUGAAAUAAGACGAACAAUAAACUGAACAGGCUGGAAAUGAACUGAGAGUUGUGACUCGUCUGACGGAGCCAGUGAAGGAUUGAGAAGAAAAAGCGCGGGAGCCGUCGAGAGGAGGAAGUUGAAAAGAGCAGCGUACAAACACCUUCAGUGAAAAACCUAUGAAUGAGAUUGAUGUAAAACAAGAACGACACGAGAUCAAAUUAAACGGAAAAUAAGAAGAGGGGGUUUUAAAAGGAUUGAGGAUUUCUCCCUCUCCAUCCCUUUUGCUUCAGGGCGACUUUUAAUUAAAAUCACACACAAAAAUAAAAUCCUCUCAUAUAAGCAGUUUUUCAGAUUUUCCGCAGCGAGCGAGCCCCGACUCUUUUAUUUUUGUACAAGCAACGCAGCAUGUGAUCACGAAAUCUCGUGCUUAAUGAGCCAGAUUUGACUCAACUAUCCCCCCCCCCCCAAAAAAAAUAGAGAUUAUCUGUAACAGGGGUCCGUUCAAUUUUUAUUUUUUUUAUUUUUUUCAGGACGGAGCUGCUGCCGAUCAAGUGCCAAAGGUCUGUUUUGGAAAAAGAUGAGAGAAUGAUUAACCUGGCUGGCCAAGCGGAUGUGUGUGUCACGAGCUGUCAGUGUCAGUAUCAGUGUGUGUGUGUGUGUGACAGGAGGUGAAGGUCUGGAUGAGGGACGUGAGAUCUGACUCUGAGAGCAGAACAUCUGACCGGAGACGAGAGACGAGAGACGAGAGACGAUGUGCAGGGAGACAAGUGACCGCGUCCCUUGUCCGGGGUCACGGAGGUCGCGAGCGGCCUAGAAAGACCUCAUGCGACAGUUCCAAUACCCAUCACAAAGUCGUGUCGAGUGUGUUUCUCCUUGAGCGGUAGCACACGGAGAUCUGGAAGUGGGGGUCGUUGGAUUUCUUUGUGGCUCCAAUCGCAGACGGUAGAGUGAGCUCUGAGGGAAGCAAGUCGGAGUCUGACACAGCGGAGGGUUUUUCUUGUUUUCUUUCGUACUGAAGAGGCAGGAGGAGCGGCCGGCGGCGGUGAGUGCAACCUGCUCCAGGGCCCGCAGGCGUCUACUGCGUCUUCAUCCUCCACCUCCUCGUCCUGCUGCAGCUCUCAGUCGUUGCCAUGGCGUCGAUGGCUCUGGAGCUGAUGGGCUUCUUCCUGGGCCUGCUGGGGAUGCUGGGCACCAUGGUCGCCACGGUGCUGCCCUACUGGCAGAUCUCGGCCCACAUCGGCUCCAACAUUGUCACGGCCGUGGCCAACAUGAGGGGCCUGUGGAUGGAGUGCGUCUAUCAGAGCACGGGGGCCUUCCAGUGCGAGACGUACAACUCCAUGCUGGCCCUUUCCUCCGACCUGCAGGCCUCCCGCGCCCUCAUGGUCAUCUCCUUAGUGCUGUCCGUCCUCGCGGUCGCCAUGGCGGCCCUGGGGAUGCAGUGCACUCUUUGCCUGGAGGGCUCAGGUGCAACGAAGAGCCGCGUGGCCGGCGCCGGCGGGGGAUUGUUCCUCGCCGCGGGCUUCCUGGCGAUCAUACCCGUGUCCUGGACCACGCACGAGGUGGUCCAGACCUUCUACCAGCCGAACAUACCGUCCAGCAUGAAGUUUGAGCUCGGGGAGUGUUUGUUUGUCGGCCUGGCCUCGGCGCUCGUCUCCAUGCUGGGAGGGGGGAUGCUGUGUGUGUCGUGCUGCGAGGAGCGGGGCGGCGGGCGGGGCGGGAGACGGCACGGAGGAGGCUAUCCGUAUCCAGCGGGAGGCGGCGUGCCCGCCGCAGGGGUGCGGACCGCCUCGCAGGUCUACCGCAACCCCACCCUGCAGGCCGGGGACAUGUCCGCGCCCCAGACACAGGUUCGCAGUGCCAGCGACGGCUCGCACUCGAGUGCCCUGAGGGCCAAGAAGCACAUGGCGGCAGGAUAUGACCUCACAGGAUAUGUCUGAGGCUGCGCCCCCCCCCCCGCCCGUCACAGCUCACAGCAACUUGCGUUCAAUUCAAUUCAAUGCUUAUACGGUGUAUUUAAUUGAAAGUUGUCAUCAUAUGCCCGACGGAGCAAUAACCUGCUGCCUCUUCAUGUUCUGUAAUUAUUAUCUUUUUUUUUUAGAACAUUUUUAAGAUAAAGAGAAAUUGUGGCAUUUCAGAGGAGGAGACAAAGUUCAAAGUGUCUACGAUGACAGCCACAAAACAAGUGGACUGCAAAAACUUUUUUUUACAAAUAUCUUUCCUGAACACUGUACAACGUGCAGGACGUCACUCGUUAUAUCGCAUCACCUCAUGAUGAGCAACUCAUUUGUUUAGUGAAAAAGUCCUACAUGUGUGAAAACAAUUUGUAUAAAACAGAAGAAAAUAUUAUAAUAUAGAAAUAGCUGAAUACAGAAAUAGCUGAAUACACCUGCAUGUGAAAACAUUCAUGGAAACGUUGAAUCGUUCAAACCCUCCAGCGCUGAUGAUACUCAAUCAUCAGGUGAAAACAUUGCUGACAUUCCUAAUCUGAACCCUGCGGAACUCCUCUCACACUGUACUGUAUCACCCGAAACUCUCAGAUUACAUUCACACGCAGCCGACUAUUGAUCGCCAGUCGGUCCACUGGACUGAGGUGGAACCUGAUCGGAAUGUAACCGCGUCCCCGAUUGUAAUUCCAGACGGAAGUUUCCAAAGCUGUCGAAUGUCACUGUGCCUUAAUAUCAAAGUGUGAAGAUGAUGCGUCUCUCCGGAAACCAAAACAAUGGGUUUUACUUUUUCGUCUUGAGGAUCAAUAUGCACCCGUGAGAGUGGAGGAACACAUGACUCGAUGCAUCAAACAAUGAAUGUUGUAUUCCUCAUAUUGUUCUUGUUUUGUUGUUGUUUCAAUUUGCACCCCCCCCCCCCAAAAAAAAAGUUUUUUUGUUUAUUUUUUAUUUGGAAAUAAACGCAAAUAUUUCUUACAUUGCA